ACAUGGGAUGAAAACCAUUAUCAGAAAAUUGAAAUCAAUGCAGUGAAAAGAACAAACCAUAACUGAGGUAUAGAGGAAAACUUGUAAGUGAUGUGUUUUUUAUUAUAAUAAUUAUAAUUGACACACGACCCAUGUCAAUGACCAGUCUGGAUUUGAAGUGUGCUAAAUCAACUAUGUCAAACUCAAGGCCCGUGGGCCGGAUGUGGCUGUCACAUCAUUUUAUGUAGCCCCCCAGAGAUUAUCAUGCAUACGCUUGCCUUAAAAUCUUCGUUGCACCAAAAGUCCCUCCAGCUUAACAUACCAUCUCAGCAAACAGCAUGUAUUUACAGAAGUUUCAACAUCAGGUCAGACGCCCAGUUUGCGUCAGACCAACCUGACUGAAUAUAGGGCAGUAAAUAAGUCUACAGAUAAGAGGCUGACUGAUUUUUAUACUGAUUGUGAGGAGCUGUAAACUGUUGAGGACAUCAGCUUCACCAAGCUUUGUUGCAUGUAAGUUAAGAUGCACAAUGAUGACUGGAAUCCACCAACUCCAUGAAGUUCAGAGGUAUAGUUUUUCAAUGCAUUUGAGUUAUAGUUCCUUAAUAUAACAACGUGUACAUCCACCUUAAAAACAUUUCUUUUCCCUCCACCUCAGAUUUUCCCGUGGGAAUAACUGCAGGCCUUUUUCUCCCUCAUUUCAUUUCAUUAUGUAGCUCAAACAAUUCAUUAUGGACUAUAUGCAAAUCUUCAAGUACCAGCACGACACCAUACAGGUUCAGGAGGAGUCAAACACAGCUGUAUAUAAAGUAUAAUAACGUGUCAGUGAUGAAUGUGUUCCUUUAUAGAUCGUUUUUAUCCUGAUUUUCAACCAACUGCGACCUUCUUUAAUAAGCUCUAGUGUCUUUAGCCAAGUGAAAUGAAAUCCUAGUCUCACUGUGUCUUUUAACUGUCUUACAUUCUUGUAUUCAUAUGUUAACAAUAACAGAAUCAGCCUGAGCUCAACUUUCCUGGUUGAACAGCGCAGACACUUCAGCCCUGCCUCUGAUUGGCUUAGCAGCAGCAAUAGGAGAAUUUGCAUAUAGCAGGUUUUUGACACACACAAGCCUCGGCACCGACAGGAGGGUAAAGAAUCUUGCAGCUAGGACAGGUAAGUGAAGGUUUCUCCUCUUUCUCUCUCUCUGUAUUGGGAAUUCUUUACAGUCAUGUUCACCAUCUGACUGGUUAAAGUUUUAGCGUGAUAAUUGUUCUGCCAUCCUUAAAAGAUUCAAAUGAAAUGUCUGACAACUAUACAAAUAUAUCAAUAUAUCUAAACGACACUUCUCUCUGUCUGCCACCUCCUGCAGGUUGACGGCUGCAGCGACCUGGAGAUGAUGGCAAAAUCUGAAAAACAACUAGUGUUCUCCACUGCAGAUGAAUCCAAAACAUCCCUGCAACUUUCCAGCCCUGAAGUCACAGCAAACCAGAUUUUUUACACCAGCCCACAAAAUGUAAAACUCACAGCAAGCUGUUUCAUAGAUGCACAGCGUCGAUGCCAAAGCCAGUACAGUGGCGGGCAACUGAACCCAGAGCUGAGGAGUUACUCAGCUCCUGCGGCGCAACAUUUAGAGCUGGUGCGCCACACACUGCCACAACAUUCAGGGGCAAGUUUCCAUCAUUCCCCUUCUGGAGCCUCUCGCUCAUAUCCUGCACACAUCAGGUCGUGGGAGGUGGGAGGGGAGGGCGGCUGCAGGGACUUUGGAUCAAACCUGUGGUCGACAGCAACAACAGAGCCAGCAGCUGGGUAAAAGAGUUGAAAGAUGUCUUAAAAUGAAUUUACAUUUAAAGACGAGCAUUCUGUUGGAUGUUUACUGUAUGUUUUGGGAGGGCUCUCAGGGGGCAACAUCCACACCACCCUCAGCUUCAGAGUGACGAUGAGGAGCUUGAGCCUCCACUGCCGCUGAGAUCUGAUGAUGAAUGGCCACAUUUAAGUCCCUGUCUACAUCAUCACUACUACAACUAUGGCUUUCGUCCACAUCUGGACUUCAGGCCUCAAAGUGCCGCAGCAGGACAUUACAACCACGGUCUGGUGCACAGUUUCCAGCCUCAACUAAACCACUACCGUCCUCCUGGAUAUGACAUAAGAACCAGGAGAGAUGUCCAAACAUGGCCUGAUGAUGACCAUGGGAGGGACGGCACAGUUCAGGCAAAGGUCUCUGUGAAUGUGCCGCAGUUCUUCAUGCCUCCCGUGGGGGGCGUUUCACAGGUCAGUGUGAAGAACUUGAGCUCAGAGGAAGCAGAGGCAGGUGGAUCACAUCCACAAGAGAGAAGAAGAACAGUCAGUCUGCCUGAUGAGUGUCGUAAGUCCUUUUGUUUUACCGCAGUAUUUUCAGAUUUUGGAGUGAGGGCUAGAGGCCCAUCUCACUUUGGACUAGAAGGCCGUAAAACGGUUAAUUUUGAGCUAUCUUUUUGGGUGAGAAAGUGAAGAGUAGAAAGAAGGUACAGAAGCAGAGGUAUUUCACACUUGGUGGGACAACUUGUCCUGGGCACAGGGCCAUGGAGCAUUCUUUUUAUGGAAAAAUAAACACGAUUAAGUCGAUGGUACUGCUGGGUGUGUCGCUGAUUUUAUGCGUCUACAAACCUGCCAGUCCUGUUCAGGGUUUGAGGAGAAUCAUAAAAACUUGGACUCCUCUGCGCAUCCCUCCCUUUACCAAGGACAUGUGUGACGUACAGUGGCCUGGUACAAACCAAAACACAGACAGACUUUCACUGAGUAAGGAGCCAUUGGUAACGGGACAUGGUCAACAUAAAUAAAUCCUGUGCGUAUUUAAUGUAUUACUGUAUCUGGUCUUUCAGCCAAAUUUGCACAAACAAAACACAUUGUGUCUUAUAUUUGACUGUGAUGUUUCUCCUCCUAGGAAACAUUUUUAUAACAUAUUCCUCAGAUGUGUCUUCUGAGAUGAUGCCUUUUGUUGACUUCCUCACAAAGCAAGGAUUUCGACCGGCCAUCGACAAUCAUGAAAACACGAUCAGAAGUAUGGACAUAAACAUGUGGAAGGACAGUCACCUGAGAAAUCCAUCAAACUUGGUCAUUGUCGCCAUCAGUCCAAAGUACAAGGCCGACAUAGAAGGAUCAGUGACGGACAGCCACGGCCUCCACAUUAAGUACAUUCACACCAUGAUGCAGAAUGAGUUCAUCCAGCAGGGGAGUUUGAAUUUCAGGUUCAUACCAGUCCUUUUCCUCAACGCCUCUAAGGAGCACGUCCCUGGUUGGUUGAAGAACACACAUGUCUACCGCUGGCCACAUGACAAGGAGGAUUUGUUACUGCGACUGCUAAGGGAGGAGCGAUACGUUCCUCCUCCUGUGCCCAUGGAGCUCACACUCAUCAUCAGGCCUGUGGCCCUGGGGUCUUCAGUCUCACUGUGACCUGUACAGAUGCACGAGUUUACAUAUGUAUCCACUGGGUUAUUGUCCGUUUCACGUUGUUCAAUAAAGUUAAUUUCCCUGCGUGUUAGAGUCAGAAUUUA